CGUAUCGACACUAUCACAGGUGUCUGAACUCAUUUGCUCUCAAGUGCCAAAUACGACAGCCUUAAAAUUGACAAAUUAGUUUACAUAUGCAUAUAUGCAUUUAAACAUAUUUAUACACACUUGACAUCUGUUCUUAUCAGAAAUAACAUUCACCUAAGAGGGAAAAUUAUUUACAGAUUCGUAAAUUGGCGGAAGGAAGUUGUGAAAUGUUAGCGCAAAGUAGGAUAUUCGCAUAAAGUGUACCAAAAGGUGGAAAUUAUUAACAAGUUAAUAAGUUUAGUCACAAUAGUUGCGGUGCUAAAAUGCAAAGUUAACUACAGUUUGUUGAUUUAUCAAAUGUUGAUUUGUUGGGUCAUACAGUCCAAGAAAAUUUACUUUCAGAAGAGUUAAUAAUCAAAAUAUAUAAAAUUCAAAUAAUUCAGCGACGCAUGUGUAUCGUGUUCCUAAGACAUUGUUUGUAUCUAAAGCAACAAAAAGCGCAGAAAAAUUAAAAUGGGUGACCGUGAACAACAAAGUUGUAAUUCUGGUGGUCAAUUUAUGGAUCGGGGACGCAUGAAUCAAAAUGGUGUUGUGCAACCUCUUUUAACAGAUUUAUACCAGAUAACUAUGGCUUAUGCUUAUUGGAAGUCAGGCAAAACUGUCGACCACGCUGUGUUUGACUUGUUUUUCCGCACAAAUCCGUUUCACGGGGAAUUCACUAUAUUUGCUGGAUUGGAGGAAUGUCUCAAGUUUUUGGACAGUUUUCAUUAUUCCGAUAGCGAUAUUGAAUACCUCCGACAGACACUACCCGAAGGUGUAGAAAAUGAGUUUUUUAACUACUUGGCCAGUUUGACAGCAAAAGAUGUUACUUUAUAUGCCAUUGACGAGGGUACAGUAGCCUUUCCAAGGGUCCCCAUUAUCAAAGUUGAAGGCCCCUUGAUAAUUGUGCAGUUACUGGAGACAACAUUAUUAACACUGGUAAAUUAUGCGAGUUUAAUGGCUACGAAUGCGGCACGUUAUCGCAUGGUGGCUGGGAAGCAUGUAAAGCUGUUGGAAUUUGGCUUACGACGCGCUCAAGGACCCGAUGGCGGGCUAUCGGCUUCAAAAUAUUCCUACACAGGUGGUUUCGAUGGCACUUCCAAUGUACUGGCAGGAAAGCUUUUCAACAUACCUGUUAAGGGCACUCAUGCUCAUGCUUACAUAACUUCAUUUUCCGGUAUUGGCGAGUUAAAGACGCGUUUGUUAAGGCACAAGACAACAGGUAUUACCGGUGAUCUGCUGGAUCAUGCAGUGCGACAUCGCCAGGCGUUGGCACAUGUACUCGAUGUAUCACAAGAGGAGUCAAGCGAAGGCGAGCUGGCGGCAAUGGUGUCCUACGCAAUAGCAUUUCCAGAUGGAUUCAUGGCGCUUGUCGAUACGUAUGAUGUUAAGAGCAAAGUUCAAACUUCAAAAUCAAAUAAAGACAACAGUACAACAGAUAACAAAAUUCAAACCAACUUAUCACAAUUAAACGGGCACAAUCUUCCGGAGGCGGCUAAUAAACAUGUCACCUAUAAUAACCUUCAAGCUGCUACUAUUAACGGCGGAGCAUAUGUUGGUGAUUUAGUGGAGCAUAAUUCAACUAAGUCAAGUUCGAUUUUGAAUUCAACCAGUAAAUCUAACAUGAUUAUCCGAAACAAAAUUUCUGUACAAUCGCCGAAUGAUCCCAAAAAUCCUACGUCUAAUCAGACUAUAUCCUCAUCUCCUCCAAGCGCGUAUCUGCCAAAAAGUGUCGAGAAGUCAUUCAGAAGCGGGCUUCUGAAUUUCUGUGCUGUCGCCUUGGGACUCAACGAUUUGGGCUAUCAUGCGGUUGGUAUCCGUAUUGAUUCCGGGGAUUUGGCGUAUUUAUCUUGUUUGGCGCGCGAAACAUUCGAAAAGGUAGCUGAAUGUUUCAAGGUGCCAUGGUUCAAUAAAUUGACAAUUGUAGCAUCGAAUGACAUUAAUGAAGAUACUAUUCUCAGUUUGAAUGAACAAGGACAUAAAAUUGAUUGCUUCGGUAUCGGUACUCAUUUGGUAACUUGUCAACGACAGCCAGCCCUCGGUUGCGUUUAUAAACUGGUGGAAAUAAAUGGACAGCCGCGUAUUAAAUUGAGUCAAGAUGUCGAGAAGGUCACCAUGCCAGGGCAUAAAAACGCAUUCAGAUUAUAUAGCGCCGACGGCCAUGCUUUGAUUGAUUUGCUGCAGAAAGUUACGGAACCACCACCGAGUGUUGGUCAGAAAGUCUUAUGCCGCCAUCCGUUCCAAGAAUCAAAGCGGGCCUAUGUGAUUCCAACACAUGUUGAGUUAUUGUACAAAAUCUAUUGGAAGGAUGGUAAAAUUGUGCAACAGCUGCCGACCUUGGAACAAGUUCGCGAAAAAGUGCAGAUUUCUCUUAAGACCUUGCGGAAUGAUCACAAACGCACACUCAAUCCAACACCCUACAAGGUGGCUGUGAGCGAUAAUUUGUAUAAUUUCAUUCACGAUUUGUGGUUGCAAAACGCACCGAUCGGGGAACUUUCAUGAUCUAUAUAAUACCCUGGCUUAGUCUUGGCGCAAAUCGUACGAGCCUAUUGUGAGGAGAGUUUUUGAAACUUGAUUGAAUAACAAAUUUUAAAGUGUUUUAGGUCUAUGAUGCAUACUUGAUUGGUUACGUACGAUAUACCUACAUAUGUAGAGUAUACUUAAGAUUAAGGUGACUUAGUUUCAAGCAAAUUUAAUAGCCACUACCACUUGCACUAACAUUGACUAGAGUUGUUCUUUUCAUUAAACACGUUGCAGAUAAUUAUUCAUACGAAGAUAAAGUAUCACGUUUAUCAGAAUUAAUAUUGCAUGCAUAUAUGUAUGCACAUAUAUUAGAUUGGUAAAGUUAGACGUGCAUACAUAGAUUUAUAAAUACAGGAUGUAUGUACGUAAAUCAUGAAGAUUUCAUAAUUAAUAUAACAAAAUUUCAGCACAACUUUUCAGGAAUGCGUCUUGUGCCUUAAUGUACACAGACCCCAUUGUAUAUACAUAUAAAUAUAUGUGAUUUAUAAGUAUAAUUGUUACUUAUGCAAGUAGGCAUGUUUUGUAGGUAUGUAUGUGAGCUUUUAAUAAUAUUUGCGUUGCAAGUAUAAAUAUGUAGUUUAAAAUAGCAGUUGUACUACUCGUACACUCGUAAUUGUCAGUUAUUUCGGAGUUACAGCCGAUGCCAAAAGAAAGAAAGAUACAACUUAAAUGGAUUUGGAAAAAAUUAAUAUUUACUUUUGUUUUAAAAUUAAAAGGAAAAACCAGUGUAGUGUUUUAUUGCGCUUCAAGUGCAUUAUUAUAUGCUCAUUCCGAUUUAUAUAACAAAUCAUCCAGCUCUAGCUUCUGAAAGUCGGUAAUAUUUUACUAUCGAAAUUUUGGUGUCUUUUAUAUUAUAAAUGCAUAAUGUAAUUUUAAUUUUACAGUUAAAUAUCCAUAGCUAUUUAAGUCAUGUUUUUGUUAAUAUUAAUUAUACAGGCAACAUAUUUUGUACAUUUUUAACAGUUUGAUGGAAUUUAAAUUUCAAAAGCUUAGGGACCACAAUAUUGGAAAAAUAAAAGCUUAAUUGUUCAACGAGA